AUGAAACUGGGUCCAGUCAGAGACGUGGGCGUGACGAUGAAUCGCGCAGCAAAAGAUCCCCUUUAUGAUCAAGAGUCCCUUAAACUCGGCAAAGAUGAUAUCCGGGUGCUUAUCCUUCUACCUGGUAGGCGAGAUUGUCCCGCAGAUUCGAUUGCUUGUAGACUGGAAAGGAGACUACUGCCGCGACGAGACUCUUCCCAACAUAGGCUCGUUAUCACGAAUGGAGUUCUCGGGCGCACGAGCCCACAGUGCCCGUUUUAUACGGCUUUAUCGUAUGUAUGGGGCACUACAACUAAACCUAAACUGAUUCACUGCAAUUCCAUACCCUUCUACGUCACCCAGAAUCUCUAUUCAGCCUUGAUACAUCUUCGUGACAAGUCCCGGCCUAUAGUCCUUUGGAUUGAUGCUAUUUGCAUCAAUCAAAGAGACAACAAUGAAAAAGGUGUGCAAGUCCAGAGGAUGGGCGACAUCUACCGCCAGGCAGCCCGAACCAUCGCCUGGCUCGGGAAAGGAACCAUACUGUCCCACCUGGCCUUCGAAUCGUGCCGAGCUCUAGCUGAAGAGAGACGCCGGACGCUAACACAGUCUGAUGAGGCGGCUGUACACACAAAGGGAGAAAUGGCCACAACCCGCUCGUUAUUGCAGCAUCUGAUUGAGAUAGUUCGGCUUGGGAGGUUGUGGCGACUAGGGACUAUGAUGAUUCUUCUCCGCCGACCUUACUUUACUCGCGUCUGGAUCAUUCAGGAGAUUGCCCUCAGCCCACUUCUUGAUCUAGCAUGCGGCGAUGAAAUGAUUCCCUUUGUAGACUUCAGCCGAGCCGCUAUCGAUAUGCUUGCGUCUCAACUUGGUGGCAAGAAGGCUGCGCAUCUAGCACAUCUGAUGGCAGUUCGAUCUCUCCUAUCAUCCACGGUAAACAGAGGGCUCUAUGAUCUUCCCAGCCUUGCGUCUGUCUUUGGUCUCCUAGCACAAGACAAACUAUGGAUCGAAAAGAAUAUCCUCACGCUUCUCACUCUGUUUCGGGACAGCGUUGCUACCUUAGACGUGGACAAGGUAUACAGCCUAAUAGGUCUCGGUGAGGAAAUCGAGCGCGGUAGCACAUAUGGAAUACAAGUAUUGUAUGAGGCUACAGAAGAAGCAUACGUCCGCGUCGCCAGAAGAAUUCUCUCACACCAAAAUUCACUACGCCUCUUCGGAGCCAUUACCCAUCAGUUGCCUUUGGGGGGCUUCGACUUGCUGAAAGACCGCAUCGGCGCAUAUCUCGGCCGGGGUGACAGCAGGGAAAUAGUCAUGCUUCCCACUUGGGUUCCCGACUGGAGAAACAAAGGUAGUGUUGCGAUGCCAAUAUCGCUACCAUCUGGUGAUCGUUUUCGUACCACGCGUGGCGUUCCAUACAAUUUCGCCGCAUUAAACCACAGAGCACUGGAAUAUCGCGACGAAUUCAUUUAUACGAUUACGUGCGGCCGGGGUGAUAUGUUAAACGAUGGCUCGCCCUUGCUGGCCACGGCAAUCUUUGGACACUCCCAACGCAGUUGCUUCCUGUCCUUUCCGGCCUUAGUGCAAGCGAUCUACGUCUACCUCGCCCUGCGGAUGCUGUAUCUUGUGUAUCGGCCCGGCGCCAAGCAACUCUGGUUUGUAUGCUUAAAUUGGGCUGUACUGCUGACGACAUUGUUCUUUAUCAGCAGUGUCUUCUACCGAAUAUGGCCAAACCUCAGCAUGGGAAAUCCCUUGGCCCAGCUUAUGGCGGAACGUCUUUAUGCGAUUGAAUCCAGGAGAUUGGCCAGGUUGAGCUCUGGAUGUUUAGCUCUAGUCCCAAAGGCAUCUCAAGACGGUGACGUGGUUGCCCUUUGUCGAGGUGGGGAGGUUCCACUUCUUUUGCGGAAAAGGGGAGAAUAUUUCGAGAUGGUGGGAGAAUGUUACGUUCACAAAGCUAUGGAUGGAUCUCGAUUCCAGGAAGACAAAUGUCAUGUUGUCUCUCUAGUCUAG